GUUAUUGUUAUACAGUUCCAUAAAAGUGGAAACGCAACAGUCUGUAUCACUCUGCGCAGAAUAUUCUUUUGAAAACAUAUAAAAUUGAAGUAACAUAUUUAAAAAAAUGAAUCAGUGUAAAAAAAAUUGUUUUACAAGGACUAUGCGAUGGUCAAAAUAUGGGACGUGAAUAAUGAAGUAUAUAUUCACAUAAACAAAAUUACAAAGUCAGGCACAAAGCAGCUGUCUUUUUCGGGACCUGCGUUCCGUACUCUGAUGGAACACAGAGAGGAAAUUCUUGCAGCUAUCAAUCAGCUGGAGCACGAGGUGCAGGAAGAGAGCGAGAUGCUCUCAUUAGCCGUUACCGAUGAGAGAUUGGAUCAGCAGCAGCAGCUACAACAUCAGCAGCACUACCAACACCCACCUAUGGAGAGAGUUCCACUCCAUUCCACACGGCGGUUUCAACCGUAUGUUGGAACUGGGCUAGGAGUCCCACAACCACUCGAACAGGCACGCGGUGUGCACACAGUUGGAAGAGGUCAUAGAGCGAACCCGCUGGCGGCCCUACAACACCACCAGCAGCAGCAACAGUCACAGCAACAUCCAGAGCAACAAAACAGAUAUAUAGACAUUUCGCCACCACCAAGUGUAACAUUUAUUGAAUGA